GUUUGAAUUUUGAAUUGCAGCGAACAAUCUAUAAUUUUUGCGUUUAUAAUUGCGCGAAAAAAUAUGAAUUCCGCAAUUUCUUUUUACUAGAGAAUAUUAGAAUAUUAUAAGUAAAGAAACGUUUUUUUUUACGAAUAUCAAUUUUGCUUGAAAUAAUAAAGUUAUCAAUAUGAAAUGCAUAGUACCUGGAGGAAAUGUCAAGAUAUUGGCAAAGGCGAUACAUAUGCUAGCAAAAAUUGGGGAUGAAAUGUAUGUGAAUCCUCAACAGGAAUAUAUAUCUUUUCGUACAGUCAAUAUGGCAAAAUCAGCAUAUUCUGAUGUUACAUUCCACAAAAAUUUCUUCUCUUAUUAUAUACUUGGAGAUAUUGAAGAAGAAGAGGCACAGAAGUGUAAAAUUUCAAUGAGAAGUGCUAUGACUGUUUUUAAAUCUGCGCAUACAUUGGACAAACAAGUGGAAAAUUGUCACAUUCAUUUGGAGGUAGACUCCUGCAAUUUAGUAUUUAUCUUGAAAUAUAAGAAUGGUGUCAACAAGUCCCAUCUGUCACCCAUUCUGGAUCCUGAAAAGUUGCAAGCUUCAUACACUAAAGCUGGUAUGACCAACGAACUGACAUCGCGAGCCCGAACAUUGGUGGAUGCUUUGCAAAAUUUUCCACAAAAUCUGAUUGAAAUAACACUUGAGAUAACACUGCACAAGCUUUUCCUUAGGAACUAUGUAGAUGAUGCAUCAGUUAUGGUAAAUACUACGCGCACCCAAUUAUCCUUUGGUGUUGGGGAAUUUGAUCGCUACAUAAUGGGGAAUGAGACAACCAUCACAUUUUGUUUGAAAGAAGUCAGAGCAUUACUCACUUUUAGCGAAAGCAUAGGCAUCCCAAUCAAUAUAAAUUUUGAGACAGCAGGAAGACCAAUGCUGCUUACAUUGAAGAAUCUGGGAUUUGAGGCAAAUUUAUUAUUGUCAACUCUGAGUCCGGAUAGUGAUAGUCAGUCGGAUUCGUCGACCGUCAACAGACAAGUGCAACCUGUUCGAAAAAAAAAUGUUUCUUCAAGGAACAUAUCCAAACGCGUCAAUAAAUCUUCAAAUCAAAUUAAGAAGGCCAUUUCUCCUGCCGAGCUUGUGAUCAAAAACAAUACAUUUAAGAAUAGACCAGAGAAAAAGAUGAAUCAAAUAGACAAGACGCUCACCCAGAUCUCUUCUGUAAACAUUGUUUCGAUGAAAACGAAUAAUUCUAUAAACAAUGCUCAAGAAAGAAAUCUGAAACAGAAGAAUUCGCUACUCAAUCCUUUCGACGCAACGUCUUCAGUGAUUAGCAAAAAGAUUCCGGACGAUCAGCGGAAACUGGUGAAUUCAGUGUUUUCUAACAUUGCGAAACGAAAGUCGGCAAGCGACGAAGAAGAUUGCAAAUUGCAAGAGCAAAUUGCAGGAAAUCAUAUAGAUUUGGAAGAGAGUAUAAUGCGUUCACCACCAUCGUUACGUCAGGCAGCCAAGAAAGCCAAGUUGGUGUUCCAGAAAUGUUUUCAAAACACUUUUGAUCCUCGGAUGUUACCUGGUCACGAUAUUAUUUUGGUAGAAGACUCUGACGAGAAUAAUAGCGAUUGAAGUAUAUCUCCACAUGUAUUAUAUAUGUAUUAUAUAUGCGAAUUGAAAUUCAAUUCAAAAGAA